AUGAGUCACUUGCCUUUCCGUCAAAACUACAGGAAACCAUCGCGUCAAGCGAGUAUGGAUCCACAUAACGAUUUGAACCCUCAUGUAGACCAUUUCAUCGGUAUCGAUGUUGGAACUGGAUCAGCAAGAGCAUGUAUCAUCGAUGCUUCAGGAGAUAUCAAGGCUUUGGCUACAGAAAACAUUGGUUUAUGGCAACCGGAAGUUGGAUACUAUGAACAAUCCACAACAGACAUCUGGAGAUGUAUUUGCAUGUGCGUGCAAAGAGCUCUCAGCCAACACAACAUUGAUCCAACAACAAUCCGUGGUAUCGGUUUCGAUGCUACCUGUUCCUUGGCAGUAUUCUCAGAAGAUACCGACGAACCAGUACCUGUCACCGGUCCAAACUUCGCAAACGAUGGCAAUGACCGCAACGUUAUUUUAUGGCUUGAUCACAGACCAGUCGAAGAGGUGAAGAAAAUCAACGACACAGAACACAAUCUACUACGAUACCUUGGAGGAAAGAUGAGCAUUGAGAUGGAAAUCCCCAAGGUUCUAUGGCUUAAGAACAACAUGCCACCUGAGCUCUUCGACCGCUGCAAGUUCUAUGAUUUGGCAGAUGCUUUGACGCACAUUGCAACUGGAAAUGAAAGCAGAUCCUAUUGCAGUACUGUCUGCAAGCAAGGAUUUGUCCCAGUUGGUGUUGAUGGAAGUGUAAAGGGAUGGCAAGAGGACUUCUACGAAGCUAUUGGUUUGGGUGAUCUAACCAAAGAUAACUUCAAGCGAAUGGGAGGAGUAGAUGGAGUAAACGGCAAGUAUCUCAGCGCCGGUGAACUUGUUGGUACCCUCAGCGAAAAGGCCGGUAACGAACUUGGUCUCCCAGCUGGAAUUGCUAUCGGAAGUGGUGUUAUUGAUGCUUAUGCCGGAUGGAUUGGUACUGUUGGUGCAAAGGUUAACUUGGGACAAGAUUAUCUCGAUACCGGAGCACCCAAGAACGACAUUUCCCAAGCAUUCAGCCGUCUUGCAGCUGUAGCUGGAACGUCCACCUGUCAUUUGGCUAUGUCUCGCGAACCUGUCUUCGUAGAUGGAGUCUGGGGCCCUUACAGAGACGUUCUGCUUCCUGGCUACUGGAUGGCAGAAGGUGGUCAGUCUGCGACUGGUGAACUUCUCAAGCAUGUCUUGGAGACUCAUCCAGCAUAUAAUGAAGCCAUGUCCAUGGCAGAAUCAUUCAACACCAGUAUUUAUGAUUACCUAAAUUCCCAUCUUGAGGAACUGAAGGAGAAGGAAAAUGCUCCAACCAUCUCAUACCUUGGACGUCACUUCUUCUUCUACGGUGAUCUCUGGGGUAACCGUUCACCAAUUGCCAACCCAAAGAUGACUGGUUCAGUCAUUGGUCUUACCAACGACCGCAGCAUGGACGGUCUAGCCAUUUAUUACUACGCGACCAUGGAAUUUAUUGCAAUGCAAACCCGCCAAAUCGUCGAAACCAUGAACAGUGCCGGUCACUCCAUCACCUCUAUCUUCAUGUCGGGUUCCCAAUGCCAGAAUAAGAUUCUAAUGGAACUUAUGGCUACUACAUGCGCUAUGCCAGUUCUGAUCCCAAGAUAUGUGCACGCAGCUGUCGUUCACGGUGCCGCCAUGUUGGGCGCUAAAGCCGCCAGUGCAGAUAAGGAGGGCAAGACAGAAGAGUUGUGGAGCAUCAUGGAUAGAAUGAGCAAGCCGGGCAAAGUAACCAGACCAGGAAAAAACGCCAAUGAGAAGAAGUUAUUGGAUGUCAAGUACAAAGUAUUCCUUGAGCAGUGCAACACUCAACAGGUAUACAGAGACCAAGUUGAUGAAGCAAUUGAGGGCUGGAGCGAGUAA